CCAAUCGCCGAGCGGAUCUGCCUUCGCACAGUGAUGUUGCUAUGGAACAUAGGAUCGGAGCACCCGUUGCCACGACAGUAUAGCGUAAGUCGGCACGUGACGCAACGUGGUGCGACGCGCAGAGCGCUUGUCGAAGAACGACAGCCGAUUUUUCGAAAUAAAGAAACUCCUUUUCCCGCGAGAAUAAAGACGAAUGAACUGAUUUUUCGCGAGUGCACAUCCGCGCGGAAAAAUAUGAGUGUUCGCGAACGCCGGUCCCACGCAUUACUCAUGAACGCCUGGUGGACGCGUUGAAAAAAAAAAAUCGGAGUGCCACUUGGAGGAGCCUUCGCCGAUUUAGCGAGAUUGGAAUUCGAGUCUGGACCCUUCCAGGUAGCGUCGGUGAGCCCUUCGAUAAAUUCCUCUCCACCGUGAUGUGAGCGCAUACGAGCAAUCAGGAUCGUAGGAAUUCAUAAAUCAAAGUGGGGGGAAGAACUAUUAAGCGCGCGCGCGUAUCGGAAAAAUAUGUCUAACAUAAGCUGUAAAUUAAGUAUAAAUAAGUAUAGAAGAAACCCCCCUCUCCAUUACAAGAUAAUAUUCUAUAACAAAUUUAGAAAAUCAAUUUUUAUUCUUAAUGAGAUUUUAGAUAAGAGCAUAAUGAUGGAAUUAAUUCGUGUUAAAAUUUAAAUAGAUAUUGAUUAGGUUUUCAAAACAAUAGAUAGCAAAGAUUUAUUUACCGUUUAACGUCGCGACUUUAAUUUAAUUCAGCUGUAAUUUGAAAACUAGUCAUGAAGAUAUAUAAAGAAUGUAAGUUUUCACAAUUCCUUCCAUCUGAUGAAUAUUCUACACAAUACGGAAACUGAAAGUUUCCUACAUGCCGUCAACUCAUUGCAAUGUACGUUCCAUUUGCCAUGCACGUGACAUCAUGUUCUGAAUAAAAAAUUUGAUUGUUGGAUAGGCCAAGGACUUACCGAGUUAUCAUCAGCCCUCCCCACCCACUGGAUAUCACUCUCUUUAUUUAGAAAACUGAUUUCGAAGAUUAGGAACUCAAUUUACUAGAGUAAAUACGUAUUAUUUUUUUAAAUUAUACUUCUUGCUCUACAAUUUAUAAAAUUAAAAUGAUCUACAGGAGAAAAUCUGCAGGAUAUUCGCGUUCCGCUUGCAAAUCUUUGCAUUCUGGUGGACGCUGAGCCAAACAUAGCAUGAAAUAGAAUACCGCCUUAUAUUCUAUACUCGGCAAAACGCAUAUUCAAGCGUAGAAAAUAUUUAAAAAAAAUCGGAUAUCUUAUCUAUACAUAUAUAGAGAAUAUUCCAGAGCCAUUUCAUUGAUAUGAGAUUUUUUUAUCAUCGCGAAAUUAACAAGACUUGAUUUUUGUUAAAUAGAGAACGAUUGACAAUAAACAUUUGAUAUAUUAUUUUGUAAUCCUGAACUUGUUAAGACAAACAAUUGUAUCAUUCCUUUUGGAUUAUAUCUGGAAAUCAUGAAAUAAACGAAAAUUAAACUGGCGAGAUAGUUAGUGUGGCGUGACGGCGUGAUGAUGGCAACGACCUGUACAUAGCAGCUCUGUACAAUCCAGUCACGAUUCUCGGUGGAGGUCGUGACCUUGCCGAUAUGCAGGAUACGAGGGAUAUGGAGAACACAGGGAAUCUAGGGAAUAUUAUCGGGAAUCUCGAUUGUUAAGUUAAUCUCGUAGAUAUUCGCUUGAAAGUUCUUUAAAAAAAAAUGGAUGAACUGAACAGGAUUAAAACAGUAUGAAAAAUUCAUCUGGUAUUAAAAUAUCAGAAAAGAUUAUAUGUAUGUAUAUAAACAAGAUUUUUUUUAAUAUUUAUGUAUCAAUCGUUGAUUUCAAAAAUUAAGAAAAUUUCUUUCUCUCUCUUUCUAAGGGAGAACAUUAUUGUAUAAAAUAAUAAUUUCGCUUUACUAUAACCAUUAGAUGCAAAAUGUACUGUGUACAAACUGACGGUCUUGAAUGCAACCCUGGAUCGAUUUGACCAUUCGGUCUCGUUCAUUGUCCCUGUAUAGUUCACCCUAUGAAAUGUGCGUUGUGGAGCAGCUGCCUAUAGCCUACGGUUCGUACAUCCCUUAGGUUGAACAAUGUCUUUGUGCGUCGCGAAGCAUAUGAUCGCGUCCUGAAAUAAAUCUCUCUUUUUCGCAGAUUUUCCUACGGGAAAUUCUUAUGAUCAAAAGUUUUGAAAAUUUUUUUUAUCUUGCCUAAAAAAUUAUAGUCGGAUACAUUAUAUAUAUGACUUCCCGAGAAAUAUGCUAUCUGUAAGAGAAACUAAAAAAAAAUCUGUGUUAUAUAUAAUUGCUUAUAUUUCUAACUUUAAAGAGCAGCCAUCAUGCGAUUCUAUAUAAAUACGCAAGCUUCGUCUUGAUCUCGUCUUCAUUCUCUAAUGCUCGUCUCCAAUUCUCCAAUGCUGCCAAUAGAACCCGCUAAAAACGAGUCACCCAACAAUUUAAUGUCAUUUAUUUCUAUUGCCUUUAUGCGGGCCAUUACGUCACGCCGAUUCCUUCGCCCUUCGUCGCCGUUUCUCAUCGCAACGAUGUAAGGCAUGCUCUAAUUUUCGCCACAUGAAAAUGCAACGAAGUAACGCGAGAACGCGCAACAAAGAAAUGCAAACAGAUGGACAUGGAUCGAUAAUGUAAUCGACGUAGCGACCGUUGCAAAUACCUGGCUCGAAAAACCUGUUACACGUCGUUGAACAUGCUGUUUUUCAAAAGACAUAACGUCGGCAGAUAUCGACCUUGAGAAAUAAAGACCUCUUGAACAUAUGAUUUAAUGCAUUAUGCUCGUUACGAUUUACGUUCCUGCACGACUUUCGCUUUGACCGCUGAUGGCAUAAUAAGCCUCGGGGAUCGUGACGAGGCGAUAACUUCCUCUCUCUCUCUCUCUCUCUCUCUUUUCUGCUCUUGUUUUAUCUAAUAUUCUAAUAACCGAUUUAAUGUGCGUAUUUAAAUAUUCAAGAGGCGCGACGUUAAUCGAUAUUGAUGCCGAUUAUAAAGCGCGUGCAAACGCAGACCGGAUUCUACCCACGUAAUUUCAAUGGAAAAUGAGUGGGAAUCUGUUUAGGUGUUGGAAAGUGAAAAAAGAGCCUACGCGCGCUCUUCGUAUUUGAGCAGAUUCAAUUUUUAGAGAGAGAGAAAAAAAGAAACAAAGAAAAAAAAUCUACAAUCUACAAUUUAUCUAUUAUAUAAUCAAGAGCUAAUUACGCUAUCAAUCACAAAAACACGUCCAAAACAAAUAAAUAAUUAUAAUAAUAAUCGUGUACUACGCCUUCCGUAAUUCCGCUAUAUUCGAUAAACAUCUCGUAUGUCUAUAAGCAGUACAUCGGCGUUAAUGCAGUCCAUGGGAAAGCUAUCCAAAGGGUCCGCGUACAAGAGGAGCGGUAAAAAAUGAAGAAGCAGACAUAAGAAAAGGAAGAUGCGGUUGCCAGGCAGAUGUCGUCGCCAGAUACGAGCGAAACUGAUGAUUCGUGAAACGUUCGCACAAACGAUUGUCACCCAAUAGAUUAUGAUAUUGUCUCUCGAUUUCGAUUUCGGGUUAUGGCAUUUCCGAGUCGUCUAUCGCGCCUCGUCUCUCGCCCGACCUAGAUCGCUUUCCUUUUAAAUCGUUAAUCGCUGUUGAAUCGUUAUUACUGGAUGCGUCAGAUUCUACAUCACUUUACACUCUCACAAUUGCCUUAAAUUCAGACAAUUACCCACGUGCUUCUAUAUCGAUGUAACGGCAUUUAACGGGUAAGCUGUCAUCGUCAAUGAUAAACUUCUUAGUUCGAUUCUUAUAUGGGAUGACAGCUGUUUACAGGGAAAACUAAUUACAUCUUUCAAUAUAUGCAGUCAUUCAUCGUAAAAAAAAUACAGCGAACAUAUUCCGAUGAUAUUUUCUUUCGAUCUUUUCUGAGAAUAAUUCCUUCAGAGGGGACCCUGCCUGCCGCAAUAAAUUACUCAAUUCAAAAUUAAAAAUCCUUUAUAUCAUAUGAGACCGAAUCGCAUGUGAGAAGCUUCGUGCACGAAGCUUGCACGUAUGCGAGUUACUGCAACGGAUGUUCUAUAUGCGGCAGAACGGAACGGAGCGCGGACAGGACCGGACGCAGAGUGCUUACGGUCGGUACCUGACACGAACGUGCUUCUUCCUGCUAAAACGGUUUCUGUAAAUAAACCCGCAUCCGUCGAAGCUCAAAGCGAGAAAGGAGAGCCGUCUAGUCUCUUCGCACUGUUCCUUUAAUUCGGGAUUUCGUAAGACGGAGAUCUGUCAGUAAUUGAGUCGCGUCUAAAGUAACUUUGUAGAGAUGAAAUUGUUUUCGUUACGAGAGAGGAGAAAAAAGAAACGUCGACUCCACAGUUUAUCGGAAAUAAAUUCAUAACAAUGACUGAUACAUUUUUGAUUUGUUUGUUCGACACCAUUAUGUCAAUCUGCUUAAAAUUGUUCGAUUUUAUAAUAAUCAGAAUGAAAGGAAUAUCUCUCAAUCGAGUAUCAACUUGGCCCACCGUGUACAUCUCGCGCGAAUGUUGAAGAUAAAACUCAUAUCUCCGUAGGCGACGCGAAUAGCGGGGCAUCAUUGUAAAUCAUUCCGCGUAUAACACAACUGACGUCAUCGGUAAACGUUUAUACUGCCGCGUUAACUGCCGCUAAUGGAGAACGAACCGUUGACCCAUUGAGAAAAGCUUCACCAAAAGAGAGUAUGUCGAUGAUGACAGCGGUCCGAUUAAUUGACACACGUCAUUCCUUAAUGCGCUUGUCGCGAGUACGAGCAUCUUUGCAUUUCCUUUACAAGAGGCUAUAACGGCUAAUCUAAUCUAAUAUUAGAUAGGCGUGCUAAACUGCAAUUUGCACAAAGAGGCGUGACUAUAUGUGUUUUCAUUUAAAUUAUGCUAUCAUUGUACGCUAUCGUCUCGCGUGCUGGCAAACAUUUACGUACGCCAUUUGCCUACCGCCUCUUGCUUCCUUCGUAUCUUUUUAGGUGCGCGAGAUCUUGCGUUACGUGUUUGUAUCAAGUGCGUGUGCGACAUGAAAAAAUAUUUUCGAAGUUCGUCUUUCCAGACCGACGCGACGGAAAAAGACUAUUAUCAAGAAACGAGCGAAACGAUGCGUCCAAGGCCGUCGAUACCAACUGUAUUUGCACGAUAAUAUACGCAUGGCGAGCAUAGCGACCGCCGGUCUCGAGGUGCACGAGGCGGGUCGGGCGUUGCGCGUGCAAACGGAAGCACCGCAUCUCGUCUCCAUGGGAAGCGGACGAUUGUCGACGGCCGUGACUUUGCAUCCUCUACCCGAAGGUAAGAUCACGCUGGGAUCAAACCGAGAUGCGGAUAUUUUGGUGGCCGGCACCGGCGUCGAGCCCGUACAUUGCGCGAUCGAAAACAAUAACGGCGUGGUCACUCUUCAUCCCAUAAACGGAAACACGUUUGUUGAUGGUGUACCGAUAAAUUCGCCAGUGAGACUCGCGCAAGGCUGCAUGCUAUCGAUAGGACGAUCGAACUAUAUGCGCUUCAAUCAUCCAGCCGAGGCUAAGCAUCUACGAUCCGUCCUUCCUCACUCGAGAAUCUCAAUGGCACCGAUAAGUUUCGCCUUAUCCGACAACCAGCCGCAAGAGAAUCAUCACUUGGAACGAAAGCCACCAGUCGCGCCGCGAAAAUCUCCCAGGAACUCUUGCUCCGACGACGAGAUCGGCUUUCUGGGUAAGCUGACCAAAUUCGAGAUGCUAUCGAAGCAAAACAGAAGCAAUUGCGUCUCGCCGAAGGUCUUUCCUGCCGGCUCACUCACGACAAAUGUGCCGGCCGAUCAAAUCCUCGGUCACUCGAGAUCAUCGAGUCUCGUGUCUUUGACGAAAUCUCCGGUGAAUGGUAAUCUCGACUCACCCCCGCAGAAUUCGAUCAGUUAUCACGACGAGACUCGUCAGCGAUCGGAUUCGCGACUCGGAACGCCGACACGAUCGAACACAACAAACUUGCAGUGUCAGAAUCACAAUCAAGUCAGAAUGUACUCGGCAGAAACAUACCUGAAGACGUGCAAGCCAUAUUAUCGCGAGAGCAACAGCAAGAACGUACGAUCGCCGUCUCUCGGGAUGACAACGCCAAAAAUCGUCGCCGCCCGAAGCGGUGACUUGAUGUCCCGAAGUAUGACUUGCCAGAACUCGAACGAACUCGAUCAUCUCGCCGAUGGGGAUUUCAACAUGAGCCAGAGUCUCAUUGUUACGAAAACGACCACCACGGAGUUUCUACAAUUGGAAAAAUAUGGAUCGAAUCCGAGUAUCUGCAACGCCAAUAUCGACGGAGACUCUAAUCCAGCGAUUUGGAGGCCGUCUACCGCUCAUGGUUUCGGCUCGAAUCCGAACAUUAAGCGAAUUCAACCACCGAGCCCGGCAUUCAAUCGGAAUCCGCGGUAUAGCGAGCAAAAGAGAGUUUACGCGAGGGUCAAGAGUCCUACCCCCAGUGUCGGCAGCGGUUGCUCCCUCGAGGAAUUGCGGGAAAGGCAAGCCGACGCGGAGAAUAAACGUAGGGAGGCGGAGACGAAGCGGAAACAAGCGCAGGAAGAGAGGUUAAGGGAGCAAGAGGUCGAGAGGCAAGAGAAAAUGAGACUCGAGGAAAUCUUAGCGAUGUGUGCCGAGUAUGAAAGACAGAGCACUAUCGAAAAACCGAGGCAGGCUAAUCGGAUCAUAACAAAUGGAUCUCUCCCGCGUGACAAGAGACUCGGCUACACCUCACCUUUCGACAGUCCGAAGAGUCCGUCAAAAAACCAGCCGCAUUUCUCCUUCGAUACCGGCAAGCAAACCAGUUUGGGUACUUCGUCGUAUGAAAACGUAUCCGUGCAAAAUUCGAAAGUUAUUUUCCAAAAUGGCAAUUCGCCUGUCAAUCGUAAAGAUCACUCUGCUCAAAUUGAAAAUUAUUCGUAUGACGUUCCCGUAGGAUCUCCACAUGCAACUACAUCGAACAGUAAUCAAACGGCAAAGUACUCUAAUGUUCACAAUACAAAUGGCAACUAUAAUUACUCAGGCUCGGUUUCCCGUGGCAGCAAUUACGAAAACGUUAUUAUCGGCACUAAUAGAAAUAGUUGCACCAAUGAAACCGAUAAUUACAUAAAGGCUGAUGACGAUACCAAAGCUUCACCGUCCAUGUAUGGAACGAUUCGACUGAAUGGAAAAAAAAUCGAAUCGCAAGCGACGCAAAAUGGAAAUGCGAAUCUUUACGAAAACAUCGUGAUAUCUCCGAUGACGCGAAAUAACAAUCAGAAUCAUUCCAUGCCAAAGAAAAACGGCCCAUUAUCAAACUCGUGCGAAAUGAUAGAGAACAAGUUGGCGAUAUCGAACGACGAUCUCCUCGAGGCGAUCGAGCAGCUAUCUAUGCUUUCCAAACCCAAAGAAAUCUGCAUGACUCCUAAGCGAAACAAUUCCGAAAAGGACAACGCAAAAUCUAACGAGGUGAAAGCUGACAAAGAGAGAAAGCAGCUGGAAGAAGAAGACAGGAAGAAAUACAUCGAAUUCUUGCAAAACGAGAAGCUGCACAUACUUGGCAACAUGGAUGUUUUGAAAAGGAGCGUCGCCGAAAUUGAGAUUCAAGAGGAAGAAAUUAGUAGAGAGCUCGAAUUGGAGAAGGCGCUUUUAUCCGCGGAAUAUGAAUCGGAAUCUUUGAAGCUCACGCAGGACGAGGGAGAGAAGAUUAAGGUGCAGAUGCGAAUAAACGAAUUGGAAAGAGAAAUGGCAGAGGAUAACGCGACUCAUUCGAAUUUGCAAGCUGAAGCGAAACAACGCGUACAAAAAGCGCAGCAAUUUUGCGCUCGACUGGACGAACAAUUAAUCAAUUGCAUGGAUGAAAUUACGCAGCAGAAUAUUGCUGACAAGUUAGCAACGCAGCAAGACAUCCUCGAGAGCGAAAGGAAAGCUUUCGAAGACUUGGAGUUUCAUCAUCUCGAGGAAGAGGCGAGCAAAUUGGCCACAAGAGAAGAGUUGCAGAGAUAUUUAAGUGAGCUUACGAACAAGAUCGAAAGCAGAAAAUCGCAACUGAAUCACUUGGAAUCGCAACGAUCCGAGAUAAAAAAUACGGCGACUAAAGAGGCUAGAUGUCUCGAGAGACAAAAAUUGGGGCAUUUGAAGCGAUUGGAAGAAGCUCGAAAUCGAGUACGAGAAAUAAACGAGGAACUGGGUUGUCUGGCCCAAAACACUGCUGAAUAUUCUGAGGAGAAGCGGUCCCCGAGCAGGGAAGACUUCGACAGAAUUUCCAGAGUGACAAAUGAUUCUCCUAUCGUAAACAAUCAAGGCAGCUUGGGGAGAAAAACAAUCGAAUCCCUGAAAGAAAUUGAGAGAAAUCGGCAGCUUCAUUUAGCUAAGCAAGGAAGUCAAGUAAUCUCGGAGGAAAGACGAAGAGUCGAAGAAUUAAAAAGGCGCGUACAGGAUGAGGUUCGCUCGCAAUGGGAAGAAAGGAAAAUGAAUUGCGCGUCUUUCAACAGCGUUGAAUCUGGCGAAGAGUCUUCCAGUUAUUCCACUGGACCAACAGAAAGUGGUAGCGGAAGUAGUGACGGUGCGGAAGGCGCAAACAGUGAAAAAUUGUCUCCUAGCAAGCUUUCGGAGCUUACUUCUCCCAGUCCAGGACCGUCUAAUAAUUCUUAUACUUUGCUUCAAAAUGAUAACUUGAUGAAAAACGACAUAACUACAAAUAAAAGAUAAAUCACUUUCGAACAGUUCUAAAUAAUCCGAGCAAUGAUGACAAGGCCAAUAUAAACUUUUGGGCGCAUGCAAUUUCCUACAAGAAAACGAAAAGU